AUUGGUCAGUUGCAUCUUUUUUUUUGCAACAUCUGGUCAGUUGCAUCUUUUUUUUUGCAACAUCUGGUCAGUUGCAUUUUUGCUGCAAGGCUUAAGGCUCCCAGAGGCAGGUGCACCAAGCCAGCAAGAAAAAAUGAACGUGGUAUUUGCAGUCAAGCAGUACAUCUCUAAGAUGAUUGAGGACAGCGGGGCCGGCAUGAAAGUCCUCCUGAUGGAUAAAGAAACGACCGGUAUCGUGAGCAUGGUGUAUACACAGUCAGAGAUCCUACAGAAGGAGGUCUAUCUCUUUGAGCGCAUUGACUCCACCAACCGGGAGACCAUGAAACACCUGAAAGCUAUAUGUUUCCUGCGGCCCACCAAGGAAAACGUAGAAUACCUCACCCAAGAGCUGCGGAGGCCUAAAUACAGCACCUAUUUUAUUUAUUUCAGCAACGUGAUCAGCAAGAGUGACGUCAAGUCGCUGGCUGAGGCAGACGAGCAGGAAGUUGUCGCCGAAGUCCAGGAAUUCUAUGGAGAUUACAUUGCUGCAAAUCCACACGUGUUUUCGUUCAACAUCCCGGUCUGUUGCCAGGGCCGCAGCUGGGAUCCAGCCCAGCUGUCCCGGACCACCCAAGGCCUCACCGCCUUGCUCCUGUCCCUGAAGAAGUGCCCCAUGAUCCGUUACCAGCUCUCCUCCGACUUGGCGAAGAGGCUGGCGGAAUGCGUCAAGCAAGUGAUCACCAAGGAGUAUGAACUGUUUGACUUCCGGCGUACUGAGGUGCCCCCGUUGCUGCUGCUGCUCGACCGCUCGGAUGACGCCAUCACUCCGCUCCUGAACCAGUGGACGUACCAGGCCAUGGUCCAUGAGCUGCUUGGGAUUCACAACAACCGCAUUGACCUCUCGCGAGUUCCGGGCAUCAGUAAGGACCUCCGGGAGGUGGUUCUGUCUGCCGAGAAUGACGAGUUCUACGCCAACAACAUGUACCUGAACUUUGCGGAGAUCGGCAGCAACAUCAAGAACCUCAUGGAAGACUUCCAGCGGAAGAAACCCAAGGAGCAGCAGAAGCUGGAGUCGAUCGCGGACAUGAAGGCCUUUGUGGAGAACUACCCGCAGUUCAAGAAGAUGUCCGGCACGGUCUCCAAGCACGUGACGGUGGUGGGGGAGCUUUCGCGGCUGGUGAGCGAGAGGAACUUGUUGGAGGUCUCGGAGGUGGAGCAAGAACUGGCUUGCCAGAACGACCACUCCAGCGCCCUGCAGAACGUCCGGCGGAUCUUACAGAACCCCAAAGUGACGGAGCUGGACGCCGUCCGGCUGGUGAUGCUCUACGCCCUGCACUACGAGAGGCACAGCAGCAAUAGCGUGCCGGGCCUCCUGGCGGACCUGAAGACCCGAGGGGUGUCCGAGAGGCAUCGCAAGCUGGUGUCUGCCGUUGUAGAAUACGGAGGGAAACGGGUCCGAGGCAGUGACCUGUUCAGCUCCAAGGAUGCCGUGGCCAUCACGAAGCAGUUCCUCAAAGGGCUGAAGGGGGUUGAAAACGUCUACACACAGCACCAACCGUUAUUGCUAGAGACUCUGGACCAGUUGAUCAAGGGCAAACUGAAGGACAACCAGUACCCAUACCUCGGUCCCAGCACACUCCGCGACAGACCACAAGACAUCAUUGUGUUCAUAAUCGGAGGCGCCACCUACGAGGAGGCCCUGACCGUUUACAAUCUGAACCGCACCACCCCUGGAGUCCGGAUUGUGCUGGGUGGGACCAUUAUCCACAACACGAAAAGCUUCCUGGAAGAGGUUUCAAGUUCUGGUUUCCGUGGACGGGCCACGGAGAGCUCACAGGGGGCGGCGAGGCCGGCAACCAGGCGACUGAACUGAAGGUGCCCCGCGCCCCGCCCCGGCUUCCUCCCGACCGCCUCAGCCCACCAAGUUGUGUGUCCAGUCAUGGCUCCACCCUCUGAUGGAACCCUUUCGCCUCCUUUUGGAGCAAGUCCUUGCCGGAUGUUUGAAAUUCCAAGGAAGCACUUUAGAGGACCGGAUCGGAGUCUCCCUCCACGUAUCCGAAGUUGGAGAGGCUUCGAUGCUGCUCUUGGCAUUUCUCCGCUUAUAAUUUUUCAAGGGGCUGAAUGAGAAGGAAUGGCCAGGAAUGGCCAGAAAGCUGAACUCUCCUGGUCCAUUUUUAUCAGCCCUGACCAGGAACUUUGAAAAGACCGUCCUGUUUGGUCCCUUCUAUCCAUUUCUCCCCGGUAACUUUUCCUUCUUUUUCAUGGUGUUGUUGAAAUCCUCGCCUUUCCAAACCCUCUUGUUCCCUGCCCCCCAUCCUGGGGAUCCACAGAGCUACCUGCCCCGUGUCCAACGGGUCCCGUCCCUUGAAACAAAAGUGGUGUGAACUCCAAUAAAAAGACCUCAUGAUCAUAUGGGCAAGGGGGUCAGUAUUUGUCUGCAUUUUAACAGAGGAGUAAACAUAGCAUGAUUGGUGGU